AUGGUGGUAUGGUGUGGAGGCACUCAGAUUCACUGUGAGCAGCUCAAAAGGAAGAAUAAAGAUGCACAGGAUCAUCUAGAAUUGUGCCCCCAUCAGUGUGUUGAGAUGGAAAGGUGUGAAAGUAAAGAGCUUGAUGUGGAAAUAAGGAACCUGAUAGAGAAGAAUAACACUUAUCAGUCAUGUGAGGACCCUAAACCUAUUGCCCAAGAGAGUCCGAACCCUCAGAGAACUUCAUGUUCCCUUAAGACCUGUAGUGAAACAAAUGCUCAAGGCCGUCUUGGAUGCGCGUGGGCAGGUGUGAGUGACAUGGAAGCCCCAGCAGACCCACUAGAAUCAAGGCAUGUAUUACUGACCAAAAAGAAGAAUAUAUCAGCCAAUUCUCCAGAACAACAGAUCCUCUCACUGGAAAGACAGAGACGAGAGCUGCUGGAGGUGAACAAACAAUGGGAUCAUCAAUUUAGAAGUAUGAAACAGCUUUAUGAAAAACAGCUGGCAGAAAUGAAAGCAAAACUGGAUGUGUCGGAGAGGAAAAUCAGUGAGCUGGAGGAAGAGAGACAUCGACAGCAUCCAGAAGCUGAGAGGUUCCGAGCCCUGGGCAGAGAAAGGCCGUUGCAGGAAACGAAAGAAACAAAGGUCCUUAGUGAAGCUCUCCAUGAAAUGAAAGAAGAGAACAAGCUCCUGAAGCAGAAGAACGCCUCCAUGAUCAGAAAGAAAGAACACUAUGAGUGUGAAAUAAGUCGUCUCAAUAAGGCCCUUCUGGAUGUGUUGAAAAAGCAGCACUCACCUGUUCUUGGGACUCCUUCAGAGAAGGGUGACAGGAAAAGCCUUGAGGAAAUGAGAACCCAACUUGAAGUUCUCAGGCAGCAGGUACAAAUAUACGAAGAAGACUUCAGAAAGGAGAGAUCUGACAGAGAAAGACUUAAUGAGGAGAAAGAAGCAUUGCAGAAAAUUAAUGAGAGAUUACAGUCUCAACUGAAUAAACUAAACUCUCAGACAAAAAACCUCCCAGUACAGCCUGAGAAGCCCAGCUACCCACCUCCGCUCUUCCUCUCACCAUGUGUUAAUUAUGGGAGUUGUGGGUUGGUUCUUCACUAUCAAGAUCCUCGAGUACAUCCACCAUCACACAGGGCACGUGAGCAGCAACAGCACUCACCAGACUAUCAGUGGUAUGUUCCUGACCAGUUUCCGCCAGAUGUGCAGCACAAGGCAAAUGAUUCAUCCUCGGAGAAGGGAGCCCAUCGCUGACAGCCUAUAACCUGGAGAAGCGUAGACCAAACGCUGCAAGCUCGUCUUGCAACUUCAUUAUUCUGUUUCAUUCUGUUGUUUUUUUCCCCUAGCUCCUUAUCUCUUCAGUGCAUGUUAUUUAUGCCUGGUGAAAUAGCCGCAAGGACAAUAGAAAAGCAGAUCAUACAGGCUAGUGAUCCUCAGGAUCCAGUUAAACUCUGCUGGGAAGCGUUAUUGCCCUUUGUUCUGAAGAUGCUGUUUGUGCUGCCUAUGAGAAUCUGUUAAAAAGCCUUAUGAGAAAAGAUGCAGCUAUUGCUGGGGAUUCAGAGACAGUCACAUCUGGUUUGAAUUCAAGAGCUUAUAAGCCCGGUAGUGUUGUGAUAUUUUUUUUGUUUGAGAAUUAUAGUCUUUUUUAUUUGAUUCCAGGGAAUGAUUUGUUGAUAUACCAUCUUGAACUCUGUACUCUUUUUCUUGGUUGUUUGUUAAAAAGGAAAUCUGCUUCGCUGUUGUAACAAAUUUGUGUUAAUUGUAAGCAGGGUACCGCCGAUGCCAGACCAGGUGGAAGGUGCCUACUCCCCUUUUUGAGUCAAGGCCAGCUCUCCUUUUGUUUUGGCUCCAGAAUUAUAUGAAAAAUGUAAUCACAGUUUUUUCUUUGUGUACUUACUUGUAUCAGAAGAAUUUUAGUAGAAAUAUUUAAUGGGUUUAACUUCUAAGUGAAAAUGGCUUUAUAUUUCCAAGUGAUUCUUGUAAUGAAUCUGAACAUCAUUGUGUUAACCUCUAAUCUGAGAAUAAAUCCUGGCUUUUAAAAUGAAA